AUGGAUAUGAACCACUUCAUCGGGCAGCGAUUUAACUUGAUAUCGAAGAGUGAUAUUCGAUCCUUAGGCUCUGGAGCUGACUGGUGUCACAGCUACGUUGGUACUCUCCAUGAAAUAAACCCAGAGGACUCCACCAUUGCCCUGGAAAAUGUCAUUUCACACGGCACGGAAGGCAGACGUGGCAAUCCUGCUGAGGAAAUCGCCCCGUCUGCUAGUGUCUACGAAUACAUAGUCUUCCGCGGAAGCGAUGUAAAGGAUAUCAGCGUUGCAGAGGAGCAAAAAGAAAACCAGCAAUCCGAACCUCCUCAGGUGCCUAAUGAUCCUGCUAUCCUUGGUAGUGGAAUGCGGCCUGGACCUCCUCAAGGCCCUCCCCGUGGCCAGGCGAAUCAGACUCAGUUUCAACCUCCUGGUCGUCAACCACCUCCUGGCUAUCAGCAACCACCCUUUCCCGGUUACUAUACUCCAUACAGUCAGCGAUUUGGCCCUCCUGGCUUUCCUCCUGGACCAGGCUUUCCAAACGCUCCAUAUGGCGCUCCUCAAGGAUGGUAUCCUGGUCCAGGUCAAGGAUUCCAGCAACCACCUGGUCAUUUCCCACCACCACCACAGGUGCCUAUAGGCACCCCUCAACAACAGCAGCAGGGACAGCAGGCGCAGCAGCAACGCCCUGGGGUUCCUCAGCCUCCAUCGUCUGCAAAUGUGCCUAAGCCUACCUCUGAACUACCGGUUGGCGACAAGAUCUCUCAGCCCACCGCACCCGCUGCCUCUGCACCCGCACCCCCAUCAGAAAAACUAAAAACCUCAGUUCCUGAACAAACCACUCCAACUACUCUCCCACCGACAUCACAGAAACAAGUCACAGCCCCUACAGCGGCACCUACUACGGCAUCUGGCACUGCGUCCAAAGCGCCACCUCCUGGACCAAACGCCUCUGGGCCGAUGAAUGGAAGAGUUAUGCCUGCUAUUCCUAUACCUAAACCACAUAUUCCUUCUACAACCACAGCCACAGCCACAACCACAACCACAACCACAACCAAUACAUCUGGCACUGUCACCACGCAGACCCCAGUGCAAAAUGCUAGGGCUACAUCGGCGGCGAUGCAAGAUGCAACCCGGGCUGCUACUGCAGCUGUUGCUGCUGCAAUGGCUAAGCUCCCCCAACCCCCAAGCCAAGUUUCACAGCCAACAGAUAAAGCGGUUGAGGCCGUAACCAAAAAAGUCAGCGAGAUGAAACCGCUUGACGGUGAAAGAGCUCCUCGCGGAACACAACAAAACACCCGUGGCGGUCGGGGCGGUCAUCGUGGCAGCCACUACCACCCGCAGCCCAAGAAAGUCGAAGUACCCACUACCGACUAUGAUUUUGAAUCUGCAAAUGCCAAAUUCAAUAAGCAAGACCUUGUGAAAGAAGCGAUUGCCUCUGGCGCACCGUUGGGAGAGUCUGAACAAAAGGAAGUCAACGGCACAAGUCCUACCGAAAGCGCUGACAAGGCAAAUGGAACUGGCGCCAAUAUUGCCUAUAACAAAGCCGCUUCGUUUUUCGAUAACAUUUCGAGCGAAAGCCGGGACCGUGAGGAAGGAAUUCGGGGCAAAACCAGUGGCCGGGAAUGGCGCGGAGAGGAAGAGAAGAAGAACAUUGAGACAUUUGGUCAAGGAAGCAUUGAUGGCGGUUAUCGUAGCGGAUACAGAGGACGUGGAAGAGGACGCGGGUCUGGUGCACCACGCGGUGCCAGAGGAUCGUACACUCGAAGUUAUUCCGGUGGGCGCGGACGAGGUGGUUUCCGUGGCGGACGAGGGGCCCCACAGGCUGCUGGAGUUUCAACUUCGUCUUGA